CAUAUCCAUCGUUACAUUUAAUUAUGAUACAAUGCAGUAUAACUGAUAAUACAUAAUACAUUGAUGAUAAUUUCCGGUGCUUACCACUAGUAGUAAAUAAAUAUAAAAAAAAAAGUUUUUAAAGUCACCACUCACCACCUUUAUUAAUUCUCCUUUAUAAAGGAACCUGAUGCUAACCUCUCUUCCUCCCUCUUCUUCUUUCUCUCUUUCUCUCAGCACCAAGUUCUCUCUCAUAUACUUCAGCAAGAAACAUCAUCACAAUGACAUUUUUCAUCGAAGAAACUAGUCUCAUCAUCAGCCACCUUCUCUACAAGACCGCUGUUAUCAUCGCCGUCUUACGUUGGAUCUUCGCAUGUAUCAUCCGUUACCGCUCUCGAUCAUCAUCACUACCAAGAUCUUCUUCUCCUUCCGUUUCAUCGCAAACCAUCAAAGAAAGCCUCGCCGUUACAGCUUUCCGUGACGCGGUUGAGAGAUCACCCUCGUCGUCGAUCAGCGACACGUGCGCCGUGUGUCUAGGAGAUCUCGAAGACGACGACGAGAUCAGAGAGCUUAGGAACUGUACUCACGUGUUUCAUCGUGAUUGUAUUGACCGGUGGCUUGACUAUGAAUGCCGCGGUGGAGGAGAUGAGGAUGAUAACCACCGUACUUGUCCGCUUUGUAGAACACCGUUGCUUCCGUCGUUCUCUGAUUGUUCCACCGUUAACCAACCUAGAUGGGCUGUUGAACGACUCCUUUACCUCUUCGGCGACGAUCUUCUUCCCUGAGAACCUUUUUUUUAUUUUUUUUUAUUUUACAUUUGAUUUCAUUUUUAUAUAUAUAAUCAAUAUUAUGAUUGGUGGAGGGGUAGAAUAGGAAAUAUUAAAGUGAUGUCAAUUAUACGAAAUCGAAUCAUAUUUUGAUUUGAUGAAUGUAUAUACAUAUGUUACAUUGAUUCCAGUGUGUAUAUUCUUUUUUUUUUCCAGGUUAGUGUGUCGACAUUAUUGUUAUUAUCCUUCUCCCACAUUUUCUAAUGAUAUGUUUUCUUUUACUUUUUUUUUUCCGUUUCUUUACACAAAAAUAAAUGGAAAACAACUUUCAAGAUUGAAAUCAAGCUUUCCUACAUUUGUUAGUUACAU